ACCCCUUUGUGGUCCAAGGCAUGGCAGGCUGCACGCUCUACCCCAACAAAACCUCCCAGGCCUUCGCCAAGUUUGCCUACAAUGGCCAGGACUUCCUCAACUUCUGUGUGGAGAAUGCCACUUGGCUACUCUCCCAAGACACCAACUUAUCACGGUAUGUCCGAGAUUUUUUCAACAACUACACCGACUUCACUGAGCUGAUGCAAGUCCUCUUCAAUGAUACCUGCAUCGACUACGUGGAGAUGCUAGUACACUAUGGGAAGGCAGCUCUGGAGAGACAAGAGCUGCCCGUGGCCACCGUCUUCGCCCGCACACCCAGCCCAGCCCAGCUCCUGCUGGUUUGCCGCGUCACCGGCUUCUACCCGCGGUCCAUCAGCGUGGCCUGGCUGCGGGAUGGCCAGGAGGUGCCGCCAGGCCCAGACACCAACACCAGCGCCAUCCUGCCCAACGCCGACCUCACCUACCAGCUGCGCAGUGUCCUGGCCGUGGCCCCCCAUGACGGGCACAGCUACGCCUGCCGCGUGCGCCACCGCAGCCUGGGCACCCGCAGCCUCCUCAUCCCGUGGGGGUACUCGGAUGUGGUGCUGAUUGCAGGACUUGUGGCUGGGCUGCUGGCAGUUGUGGCCAUGGCUGCCGUCAUGAUGCUUUGGCUGUGGAGACGCAGAAAGCACCGGCAGAUGGAGGAAUCAACGUCCAGGAACUCCAUCCUGAGCAAAGAAGCUUAGCCCAGAAGGGAGCCAAAGGGCCUUGUUUCCUUCCACCACGCUCACAGGGAAAAAACCCUACCUUUUUCUGCUUCGACAAUAUUCUGAGCACUCCAAGAUCAACUUGACUGUGAGAUACAGGGAGGAAAACUGGGGUGCUCCUGAUCCACUCAGAUUUGAUAAGCAAGGGUGCAAGUCUGAGACCUCCUCGCUUGUGACACGUGAUCAGCUCUUACCUCGUGGCCCUGUCCUCUGAGGCUCUUUAGGACACCCCAAUGCCCAGUGGCCAUUUCUCCCAGUUCUGCUGCAAUCAGACAUUUAUCAGCAGGUGGUAAGCUGUGCCCUUCUACUGUGGCUUUCUAGUAUUUCCUCCUAAGAGCUGCAUUUAUUAUCUGUAUUCCUGAUAUAUUUUUUUGCUGAGACUGAGUUGUUCCACACAGAUUAACAGCACCUGGCCACAGACCAUUUUACAAAGUCCUGAAUAACACUGAAACUCUGAAGUAAUGUGUUGGAGCAGCAGAUAUGUAUAAAAUGAAGUUAAAAUAUUUAUGUUUUCACUUAGAACGUGUGCCUUUCUUCAGGAUUUGGAUGGGCCCAGUGAGGUUUUGGAUAGUUCCAAAUGACAACCAAUUGCAGGAGAAGGGGUAAUGUGUUCAAAUUGGA